AUGUCUGAUGCUACUGGAUUUGUUCAAUUCCUCUUGGCCGUAGCCGAAAUAGCCAAAGGGGCACCUGCCCCUUCCACCCUUCCAGUGUGGAAGAGAGAACUCCUAAAUGCUAGAGACCCACCGAGGGUAACAUACGAAAAUAUUGUUCCAAACUACCCUAAAGAAACCAUAGUUCAAAUUGUCUGUGUCUCCUUGUUCUUCGGGCCGGCAGAAAUGGCCGCCCUAAAAACUUUCCUCCCACAUCACCUGAAAAACAAGUGCACCGAAUUUGAGGUCCUCACCGCCUUUCUUUGGCGUUGUCGCGCUAUCGCCCUCCAACCCGACCAGGACCGAGAAGUGAAACUCGUCUUUUUCGCAAAUGGUCGUCCCAAGUUUGAUCCCCCACUCCCAAAAGGGUACUACGGGAACGUUUUGGCCGUCCCAGUGGCGCAAACAACGGCGAGGGAGCUGAUGGAGAACCCGUUAGGGUACGCGGCAGAACUGGUGAUGAAGGCUAAGUCAGUUGUGUCGGAGGAAUACGUUAGAUCGACGGCGGACAUGAAUGUUUCCAGGGGACGAAGGCGGAGCAUUACGCUGGAACCAAGGUCCAUGUUCUUGGUGUCGGACUUAACGCGAGUGGGAUUCGCUGAAGUAGAUUUUGGAUGGGGAAAUCCGGUUUACUAUGGAGUACCCAUAGGCGAUGAUAAAAAUGAAAUCCAUGCAACAAGUUGCAAUUACUCGCGGACGAAGAAUAAACAAGGGGAAGAAGGCGUACUAGUUCCCAUUUGCUUGCCGAAAUUAGCGAUGAAAAGCUUUGUUCAGUUGAUGAAAAAGUUUAUUAUGAUGAAUAUCGUGUGGGAUGACGGUGAUCAUAAUGAUGAAGGAGAUCAUGUAGUAAUAAAGUUCCGCAAAUUUAGAUCUCUUUUGUGA